CACAGGAAGUCCUCCCCUUAUGGAAAAGAAGGCGCUUCCGCCUCCGGUGUUAUGGCUGCCUCCUGCCCAGAAGGCGUGUCGGAGACCCAGGAUGGGAAGAGACCGCAGUUCGGGAACCGGUUCUUGAGCGACCCUGCGCGCUUGUUCCACCACAAUGCCUGGGACAACGUGGAGUGGUCAGAGGAGCAGGCCGCGGCGGCGGAGAGGAAAGUGCAGGAGAACAGUUCGCAGCUGGUGUGCCCGGAGAAGCAAGUUGAUUAUGAAGUCAAUGCCCAUAAAUACUGGAAUGACUUUUACAAAAUUCAUGAAAAUGGGUUUUUCAAGGAUAGACACUGGCUUUUCACUGAAUUCCCUGAACUGGCACCUAACCACAAUCACCUGACGGGUUUACCCUUGGAAAAACAGAGGAGUGAAGUCUCUAAACGCAGAAGCAGUAGGGAUGGACCUGGCUUAACAGAUCAGCACACAAGUCCCUGUACCAGCCAUGGAUGUGAGACUCAGGUGCCUCCCAUGGAGGAGACAGUGACUCAGAAGCUCAGUCACUUAGAAAUUUGUGCCAAUGAAUUUCCUGGAUCCUCAGCCACCUACCGAAUACUUGAGGUUGGUUGUGGUGUAGGAAACACUGUCUUCCCAAUUUUACAGACUAACAAUGACCCAAACCUCUUCGUGUACUGUUGUGAUUUUUCUGCCACAGCUAUUGAACUGGUCAAGACAAAUUCCGAGUAUGAUCCCUCUCGCUGUCUUGCCUUUGUUCAUGACUUAUGUGAUGGAGACCAGAUUUACCCAGUGCCCAGGGACAGUCUUGAUGUCAUUGUUCUUAUAUUUGUUCUUUCAGCAAUUGUCCCAGACAAGAUGCAGGAGGCCAUCAACAGGCUAAGCAGACUCCUGAAGCCUGGGGGGGUGAUGCUUCUUCGAGACUAUGGCCGAUAUGACAUGGCUCAGCUUCGGUUUAAAAAAGGUCAAUGUCUGUCUGGAAAUUUCUAUGUGAGAGGUGAUGGCACCAGAGUCUACUUCUUCACACAAGAUGAGCUGGAUGCUCUCUUCACUGCUGCGGGUCUAGAAAAGGUGCAGAACCUGGUGGAUCGCCGCUUGCAGGUGAACCGAGGGAAGCAGCUGACCAUGUACCGUGUCUGGAUUCAGUGCAAGUACACCAAGCCGCUGCUGCCCAGAACCAGCCAAGAGGUGCCUGCUCCCCACGUGACAUAAGCUUCUCAGGCCUUUUAGAAGACAUCUAUAAAUGGUGGCUUGUUGAUGUUGGACAGUCUGGGAAUCCAAGUAGCUUAAACUUUGAGCCUAGGAGAAAUUACUUUUUAUACUCAUUAACAAUUGUGGUUUCUAGCUGGGCGUGGUGGUGCACAUGUUUAAUCCCUGCACUGGAACCAGGCAGGCAGAUAGAUCUCUGAGUUCCAGGACAGCCAGAGCUACACAGAGAAACUCUUGUCUCCAAAAACAAACAAAAAGCAAUUGUAGUUUUUAUUUGUGAAGCCUGUUAAUAAAUACUUCCUUGAGUUCAUUUUUUUUACUUAUUAUUUAGUGGGGGCAAUGCCAUGAUAAAUGUGUGGAGUCCAGAGGAUAGCUUGCAGGAGUCAGUUCCCCUCGUGUUGAUCCUGGAAUUCAGACUCAGGCUUGACAGCAAACAUCCUUGAGCUUUUCACCAGCCCUCAAGUUUUUAAUGACUAAAAUUUUAUAUAUAGGAUUUUAUAUAUAGAUUUCUAUAUA